CAACAGUCCAUUUUCAUUUUGACUUCAACCAGGCAGAGCUGUGCGUAACAGUUUGUAGCAACCGUUUAACAACGUGAAACUACGUGCAUCCAGAUCAACAGAUAUGCAAAUAUGACUUCUGUGAAUGUUCUCGUUGGCUGCUUAGCAGUAAUGGGGUCUGUUCAAUCGAAUGAAGAAAAUGGAGACCCCCCACAAGUCAUUCAACAUCCUCAACAAAGAGAUGGAGAUCCUCCUCAACACGUUCGACCUCCUCAACGAGAUCGAGCACCUCCACAAGAAAUUGCACCUCCGCAACAAGAUCCAAACCAAUUUUAUGGACCUGACCCAGGGGAUGUUCAAUCUGAACAGCAACAGCAGUUCAUUCAACAUGCUUCACAGCAACAGAAUCGAAGGAGUAACUCGCAGAGGGAUGUUCUAAAUGUCUAUACUCAGCCACUUCAGGUUCGAACAAGGUCAACAGAACAACAAGUGAUCGACAUAAUGCUAACAGAACUACAACAGAAGCCGUUCCAGAAAGAGGAAAACAGUAUUACUGUGCCUCAGUUCAUCUAUCUGCAAUGCAUGAUCCUUGCUGGACUGUUCACAUCCGUACUGAUUAAGACGUUUUCAAAGAAACAACAAUCUAAUCAGGGAGCAACAAAAACCAAGGAGACAUCGGAACAUCACACUGACCAACAACAAUCUCAAGGCAAACAACACUCUCAACAAAUUCAAGACUUCACACAUCAAGAGGAACAGGAAGCCCGACAGCCAAGAAGCAUUGUCUUUGCUGUUCCCAGUCGACAGAGUGAGGACAUCCUGAACACACAAAGCAUCCAGGCCAGAGAGGCUGCGAUACCGCCCAGUGCUGUUCCUUGUCAACAGAAUGUGGACAUCCUGAAAACUCAGUGCAUCCAGGCCAGAGUGGCGAAGCUGCUUGCCGACCUCCGAAAACAGCUUCAAGCAGUGGCAACAGAGAGUGUCCCAGCUGCUUGCAAGCAGAGACUCUUCAACACAUGUGCUGGCGGCCUAAGGGCUGCAGCACUUUGCUAGAGUCUCAGCCAACCAAAUGACAUCCAUGAAACAUUGUUGACAGUUUUGCCUUGCCCAAUUAUCAGUAAAUAUAUAUUUGUUGUUUCAUUUGUAAGAGAUUCCUGAAAUAUCACCUUCAAUUUAAUUUUUGAAUUGUUUUCAACAGUAUAUCACUAAAGAUACAUUUUUGAGAAAAUUUAUUUGUGAGUGUUACCAUUGUGCAAAAGCAUUCUAAUUUAACAAUACUGAACAUGAAGAUGUUUUCAAUGAUUUUGUCGGUCAGCAACACACAACAAAGAUGUCCUUACUUUCAAAGUUGAUGUAAGAUUUAUCAAUUUUGUGUCACUAAUAAUUUAAGAGCACUGGUCUGUGUGUGAUUGGCAUAUAAAAUCACUGAGAUUAUUUUUAGAUAUUUGUAAACUCUCCAGUAACCCAUAUUCUGAAGCAUUGGUAAAACUGUCAUCUGUGUUUCACUU